GAUGGCUUCACGCUCAGCUUUGGUAUAUAAGCGCUACACCACGUGUGUGUGUGUUAGGUCAUGCUUAUGAAACCGUAGAUUAGGUGUGUGAGCUUGUGAUCAGAAGACAUCAGAAUGUCUUUUUACCGAAACGCGGUUUGGUUUGUGAAAGGUCUGCAGGAAUAUACCAGGAGUGGCUAUGAAGCAGCAGCAAAACAUUUCGUAGCUUCUGAUCUGGAUGUGGACGUAAGCGGCAGGUCUUUUAUUAUCACUGGUGCCAACAGCGGGAUAGGGAAAGCGACCGCUCUGGAAAUAGCUAAACGAGGUGGUACAGUGCACCUGGUGUGUCGGAAUAAAGAUCGCGCCGAUGAGGCGAGGACACACAUUGUGGAGCAGAGCAAAAACGAGAAUGUACAUGUGCACAUUGCAGACAUGUCGAACCCCAGAGGAUUGUGGGAGUUUGCCGACUCGUUCUCUCAGAACCACAGCGUGCACGUGCUGAUCAACAAUGCUGGGUGUAUGGUGAAUCAGCGAGAGGUGACCGAGGAUGGCUUGGAGAAAAACUUUGCCACCAACACACUUGGAACCUUCAUCCUGACCACAGCGCUGAUUCCUGUACUGAAAAAGUCCCAGGACCCAAGAGUGAUCACUGUAUCCUCAGGAGGAAUGCUGGUCCAGAAACUCAGCCUUGAUGAUCUGCAGUUUGAAAAAGGCACUUUCGAUGGAACCAUGGCUUACGCACAGAACAAGAGACAGCAGGUGAUAAUGACAGAAGUUUGGGCGCGUCAGCACAAAGAGAUUCAUUUCUCAUCCAUGCAUCCAGGCUGGGCCGACACACCAGCGGUGCAAUCAUCCAUGCCGGAUUUUCACGCCAGAAUGAAGCACAAACUGCGAACAGAAGCACAAGGAGCCGACACCGUGGUGUGGUUAUCCAUCUCUGACGCAGCACUGAAACAUCCCAGCGGCCUCUUCUUCCAAGACAGAACCCCAGUGGCCACACACCUGCCUCUAGCCUUCACCAGGUCCUGCUCCUCUGAAGAGGACGAGCUCAUGACCACGCUGGAGAAACUCAGCACAGGCUUCAAACCACAUCUUACUUCAGGUGUUUGAAGAACAUCAAACACUUGGCUGGAUACAAACAGAGUCCAUGUUCACCAUCGGUCAUCAAAACUAAUUCCAUUUUUAUUUCUCAAGCAAGUUUCACUAAUAACAGAGGAUUAAAAAUUAGCCUGUGGUUUGUAUGAAAUGUUCCUUCACAGAUCUGCAGCAAUGUUAAAGCUGUGAUGAUUCCUCACAACUAAAUUCACUUCAUUUAUUUUUCUGUCUAGUGCCUUGAUUACAAUAAUGAUUAAAAACUAACUACAUUAACAAAAACUCACUUCUCAGCAAACCUAUAAACUAAUGUGAAGCUGUUUAUUUUGAGUUAACACACUGUAUAUCUUGCUUGGAUUAUUGGGAAAACUCACAUGCUGUUGUAAAGACAGAACAGAUUUUGUAAUGAAUAUUUUACGAGAACAAAAAUAAAGUUUGAGUUGUCUUCAGA